AUGUCGGUGCUCCUUGAGACCAGCUCUGGGGACAUUGUCAUUGACCUGCUGGUUGACUAUGCACCAAAGCUCUGCGAAAACUUUUUGAAGCUCUGCAAAGCCAAGUACUACAACUUCUCUCCGAUACACUCAAUUCAAAAAUCCUUCUCUUUCCAGACCGGUGACCCAUUGGGUCCCACGUCGAAAGAGUCCGAUGGCGGCACAUCCAUCUGGGGGCUCUUGUCGGGCGACAGCAAACAGAAGACAUUCCCGGCGUUAUUCCAUCCGAAGCUGAAGCAUCUUGAACGCGGUACCGUCAGUAUGGCCACGGCGCCAUCCGAUUCCGAUCCCGAGACAAGGUUCGCGGCCUCGCAAUUCAUCGUCACGCUGGGCGAGGAGACGGACUUUCUCGACGGCAAGGCGGCCAUCUUCGGCAAGGUCGUCGAGGGGUUCGACGUCCUGGAGAAGAUCAAUGAGGCCAUCGUCGACGACAAGGGCCACCCGCUCAUCGACAUCCGCAUCAAGCACACAGUCAUCCUCGACGACCCGUACCCAGACCCGCCGGGCCUGCGCGAGCCCAGCAUCUCGCCGCCGCCCACCAAGGCGCAGCUCGCGACGGUGCGCAUCGCCGACGAGGCGGCGCUGCACGAGGACGACGCCCUCGGCGAGGACGCCAUUGAGAAGCGCCGCCGCGACAGGGAGGCGCGCGCCCAGGCCCUGACGCUCGAGAUGAUGGGCGACCUGCCGUUCGCCGAGGUCGCGCCGCCCGAGAAUAUCCUCUUCGUCUGCAAGCUCAACCCCGUCACGACGGACGGCGACCUCGAGCUCAUCUUUGGGCGGUUCGGUACCAUUCUCAGCUGCGAGGUCAUUCGCGACAAGAAGACGGGCGACAGCCUGCAGUACGCUUUCAUCGAGUACGGUGACAAGGCGUCGUGCGAGGCUGCCUACUUCAAGAUGCAGGACGUCCUCAUUGACGACCGAAGGAUUCACGUGGAUUUCUCGCAGAGCGUGAGCAAGCUCAGCGAUGUGUGGAGGAACGACACCAACAAGAAACGCAAGAAGAACGCAUCUCGCGGAGGCUGGGGAGGCAUCGACGAGCUUGAGAAGAGGAGGCAGUACCGUGAUCAAGACGAUGCCCGUCACGGCGACAAUUACAACCUCGUGUACGGUGACGAGGAGAUGAAGGGUCGUCACGAGCGAGGGCAAGGGGGACAGGGAGAAGCUCCGUCGGCCGAGAGUGGACGUGAUGACCGGCGCGACGAUCGACGAGAGGACCGACAACAUGGUGAAGGAUCCCGGCCUUUGAACCGAAGCCGCAGCCCGCGGAGACGCGACGAUCAAAGACGCGACGAUAGAAGACGCGAAGAUCGACGGUACGAUGAUCGAGAUCGUAACAGAUCUGGCUAUCGCGAUACCCGGCGCAAGGAUGACCGGUACGAUAGACGACGCGAUGGCCAGGACAAUGACAGAGAUCGAGACCGAUACCAGGACCACGGGAGGACUAGGCGGAGAUAG